AUGACUUUUCCUCCCGCGCCCGCGGCCGAAGUUGACUGGACGAAGCUCGGCCUCGCCGUGACCGACAUGGUCAACGGCCAUGUGCAAUCGACCUAUUCGGUGGAAAAGGGCGAGUGGACGGCGCCCCGCUUUGUGGUUGAUCCAUUCAUUCGCGUGCAUGGGUUGGCGCCGGGCUUGAAUUACGGUCAGCAGGUGUACGAGGGUCUCAAGGCUUACCGGACUCGAAACGGCAAGAUCCAGAUCUUCCGGCCCGAAUACCAUGCUGCGCGUAUGCAGCACUCGGCCGAAGUAGUGUCGAUCCCUCCAGUACCUAUCGAACAUUUCAUUACGGCGAUCAACGUAGCGGUCGCGCGCAACGCAGAAUGGGUCCCUCCCUACGAAAGUGGUGCGGCAUUGUACAUUCGGCCGGUGUUGUUUGGCUCCAGUGGUCACCUGGCCUUGACUCCUCCCACCGAGUACACCUUCUGCGUCUAUGUUCAUCCGUUCAGCAGCUACCAUGGAGUGGCUCCCUUGCCGGCGGUGGUGAUGGAACAUUUUGACCGCGCUGCGCCCAAGGGCACCGGCCACGCGAAGGUCGGCGGUAACUAUGCUCCCGUCAUGAAGUGGUCGCAGGCCGCGUCCAAAGAAGGAUUUCCUAUGACUCUGCACCUGGACAGCAAAACGGGGGAGGAAAUUGAUGAGUUCUCUACUUCAGGCUUUAUGGGUGUGCGGUUGGAGGUCCAGGACAACGAGCAAGAACGCGUUGUGCUCGUGGUCCCCAAAAGUGACAACAUCAUCAAUAGCGUCACGUCCAACAGUUUGAUGGAGAUUGGAAAGAGGCUGGGCUAUCAGGUUGAAAACCGCUCAGUCAAGUACUCGGAGUUGUCAACUUUCAGCGAAGUCAUGGCGGUAGGAACGGCCGCUUGUUUAGUCCCAAUCUCUUCGAUCACGCAUCGGUCGCGAGGUGACCAUUUCGUUUACACAGAGGAGAAGAACGCAGGCCCGGUGUGCCAAAAGCUGUAUGCGGAGCUGACUAGCGUCCAACGCGGAGAAAACCAGGACUAUCCGGAUUGGCAUUUCGAGGUGAAGCAGGCCUAG